AUGGUAACGCAAAGCAAUGCUGUGACCAGCCUGCUCGCAGGAGGAACACAGAGCCUCCCAGGCUUUCUCCUCCCUCAUCUGGAACUAAGUGCCAGUGGGCUGGUUGUGACCGAAUUUGGCGGCCGGAUGCCCCGCAGUGCAGAAGAGCUGCAGAAGUUGUUGCCGGGAGUAGGGCGAUACACAGCAGGAGCAAUCGCUUCUAUUUCCUAUGGCCAGACGACCGGAGUUGUGGAUGGAAACGUAAUCAGGGUUUUAUGCAGACUCCGCUGUAUCGGGGCCAACUCUGGUUCACCGGCAGUAGCUGACAAACUUUGGGACUUGGCAAACCAUCUUGUUGAUCCUGAGCGACCAGGAGAUUUUAACCAAGCCAUGAUGGAGUUAGGGGCUACUGUGUGCACCCCAAAAAAGCCACGGUGCACUGAGUGCCCCUUACAAAGCCAGUGCCGGGCAUAUGAAAAGGUUGAAGCCGAUUUAACAUCAGCCGCCGGUAAACUAACAAACAGAAAUCCCGACCCUAAAUAUGCCGCUGGAGACAUUGAAGAGUGCGAUUUGGCCCACGGUUCAUGCACAUUGUGCUUGCCCUCUUCUGACCUCUGGGACAGAUCGCUUGGGGUGACAAACUUUCCCCGCAAAUCUGCAAAGAAGGCGUCACGGGUGGAACAAACCUUGACCUGUGUGUGGCAGAGAUGUGGACAAGAGGAGGAGCCAGAAUAUUUACUCGUUCAGAGACCCAGCUCAGACUCUGAAAGCUUCCAUCCGAAAGAUCAGGUGGAAACAAGAGGUAGAGGAUUUGUAUAUUUGAUGACCGUUCACGGACUCCACCAAUCCGAAAUGAAAGGAGGUGGAGCUAUGGACACAAAUGGACAGUAA